AUGACCGAUCGUACAACGUUAAAGGUUACUUCAAAAGCACCCAAAUGGGUAUCAUUUGGCAAGAAAACGAGCGGUGCUCCGGUGGUAAAUACAAAGGAUUUCCGGGCGAAUGAGGUAAUCCAACGAAACAAAAACGAAAGUGAAGAGGCCACGGCGGCUGCGACUGAAUUUGAGCGCCAACGAAAGGAGCAAAUUGAAGCGGCAAAGGAAGCUGCAACCAAAAAAGUGUUCGCGGCUCCUCAGAUCGAAGCCCCGCUGAAAGGCCCCGAAGAAGCUCGCGUAUUUGCAGUGAAAGAGCCAAAAGAGAGACCGAAGGGCAGAGGGCGUCGUGGAAGGGACGAAGAGGAUGAAGACGUACCACCGGAACACAGGGCUCCCGUCUCUCGAGCCACUCUUUUCGACUUCAUCUCGAAAACCGGAAAUGUUCCUGAUGCACCGGAGACAUCCUCACGUCCUGUUGUUGAGCAGCGAGCACCGGAAGAACGGCGACACCAAGGCUUUCAGAAUAAACAAGACUUCCAGCCGAGAAAUGAUCGCAGAAACGAGCGCAACGAUCGAGCUCCGCAUGGUCAAAAACCGAAUGAUAAUCCAAGGCGAGGCCCACCGCAACGAGAUGAUAGGCGCGAUCCAAAACAACCGAGGCCGGACAACAGAACGGGAGCGCCAAAUACGCGAAGGGAGCAGUACCAAAAUAAGCCUGACGCUCGUCCAAACCAGCCCAACCGUAGACCGGAAGCUGGCCAGCCAACGCCGGGACGGUCUUCUGGCCCGCCGAGAGAUCAUCAGAGACAAGAUCGGCCCAAAAUUGAAUACACCCCGAAAAGAGACACCCAGCAAAAUUUCGUCGAACCGUCAAGACCCUCGGGUCCGCAAAGGGAUAAUCCGCGCCAAGAUCGCCCGAAAACCGAAUACACCCCAAAGAGAGACAACCAGCAGAAUUUUGCUCCGCCACGACAAGCGACUUCCGAUGGAGGUGCUGUAUUUACAAGAACUUUCCGCCCUAGUCGUGGAGAACGAGAACCCACCAAUCAGGCGAUGCAGCGAACGGGCCAUGGACUCGACGUACAAAUGCACACCCUACAGCUCUCCGACCGAGCCCCGGCCCCACGCAGGGCAGCAGCACCGCUCUGGAAAAAUGGGGAGCAAUGCCUCGCGCCGUGGGAGGAUGGAAUGUUGUAUCCCGCCACGAUCGUGUCACUCCGCGGGCCGGAGGAGGCCGUCGUCCGCUACGAUGCUUAUGGCAACACGGCUACAUUACCCACCGGAGUUCUUGUCAAGCAU